UUGAAGGGCCUUCAGAAAGCUCUGUUGGCAGUGAGGAAUGUGAGGAGAGGCUGUCGCUGCGUGCUGAGAGAUGACGAGAGCCAAUGGAUCCAUCUGCAGUUCAUCUAAUCGGCGCGCGCGCCUCCCUCCCAGUCGUGGCGUCUCCCAUCACCGAGUGGUUAUAAAGCGCCCUUGCGCGCACAGAGCCACACGCAUGCCUCGUCUCUAGAGAGGCAGAGCGCGCUGCUGCGACUUGGAGACGCUUUUCUUGCUGAGAGCGCAUCUGAGGCAGACGCGCAGGAGUUUUGCCCCAACUUCGCUGCAGGUUGAGAAAGCGACCGUUGUUCUCAGGGAAACGUCCCUGAGGACCUCCUAUCAUCCAAGCACAUGCAAUCCCAGACAGGCACGAUGCAAGAGUCUGAGCCCACGGUCUGCCAGCUGCAGCCUAAUAUAAUCUCAGUUCGCCUUUUCAAGAGGAAGGUUGGAGGUUUGGGCUUUCUGGUGAAGCAGAGAGUGUCCAAACCACCUGUCAUCGUGUCAGACCUUAUUCGCGGUGGAGCAGCAGAGGAGUGUGGCCUGGUGCAGGUGGGCGACAUUGUCCUGGCUGUCAACAACAAGCCUCUGGUGGACCUUUCCUAUGAACGGGCCCUGGAGACGCUGAAGAACGUGUGUCCAGAGAGCCAUGCAGUUCUCAUCCUGCGCGGGCCAGAGGGCUUCACCACCCACCUGGAGACCACCCUGUCUGGAGAUGGGCGCCAGCGCACAGUCAGGAUCACGCGGCCCACCAUCCCGCCCUCAAAGUCCUAUGAUCAGUGGUCCCCUCUGAGCGCUUACAGCCCCGGGCAGCAGCCCAACAAAGAGUCCCAGCUUCGAGCCAUCGAGAACCUGUCCUCUCCCUCCAUCACCCUCCUGCAGAAGGGAGUUGUGCAAAGCCAGGACCCCCUGCUGACCAAGGAUGGGGGUCGUGGAGGUGUCCUGUGCAACGGGAUGGAGGAGAACAACGAUCUGCUUAAAGAGAUUGAGCCAGUUCUUCGGCUGAUCAAAAACAGCAAAAAGGAAAUGAGCGGAGAGGGACAGAGGAAAGCUAUGAGAAAGGAUGCAGAGAUCCAAGUGGCAUGGGAACCCAGCGUUGGCAACGGCUCGGUCCCCCAGCUGCCACCAGACAACGACAGACAGCUGGAAAAGAUACAAGAGGUGCCCAACAAAGCUGACAACAAGCCUCCAGCUCAGGGCAGGACCUCGCCCAUUAAGUCGAUGCAGAAUGGCAGCCCGUCUAAAUGCCCUCGCUACAUCAAAAUCAAGAACUGGGAGACUGGAACCCUCUACAGUGACGUUCUCCAUCACCACAACUCCAGCAAGAUGCCAACCUGCGGUGAAGAUGUCUGCUUCGGCUCCGUGAUGAUGCCCACUCAGCACGUUCGCAAGCCAGAUGACGCCAGAACCAAAGAGGAGCUCCUUCCCCUGGCCACCGACUUCAUAGAUCAGUACUACACCUCCAUCAAAAGAUGUGGGUCUAAAGCUCACGUGGACCGCCGAGAGGAGGUGACAAAAGAGAUUGAAGCUUCAGGAACAUAUCAGCUGAAAGACACUGAACUGAUUUAUGGCGCCAAGCACGCCUGGAGGAACGCCGCACGCUGUGUGGGACGGAUUCAGUGGUCCAAAUUACAGGUCUUUGAUGCCAGAGACUGCACAACAGCCCAUGGAAUGUACAACUACAUCUGCAACCACAUCAAGUAUGCCACCAACAAAGGCAAUCUAAGGUCUGCCAUCACCAUCUUUCCUCAGAGAACAGAUGGCAAACAUGACUUCCGAGUUUGGAACAGUCAGCUGAUUCGUUACGCAGGUUACAAACAGCCUGACGGACAGAUCCUGGGAGACCCCGCCAAUGUGGAGUUCACAGAGAUCUGCAUUCAGCUGGGAUGGAAAGCCCCAAAGGGCCGUUUUGACGUCCUUCCACUUCUGCUGCAAGCCAACGGGAAUGACCCGGAGUUGUUCGAGAUCCCGGAAGACCUCGUUCUGGAAGUGCCCAUCACACACCCCAAGUAUGAGUGGUUCAAAGACCUGGGGCUCAAGUGGUACGGCCUGCCAGCGGUCUCCAACAUGCUGCUUGAGAUCGGAGGUUUGGAGUUCACAGCAUGCCCGUUCAGCGGCUGGUAUAUGGGCACAGAGAUCGGAGUGAGGGACUUCUGCGACACCUCCCGCUACAACAUCCUGGAGGAGGUAGCUAUCAAGAUGGCACUGGACACCAGGAAGACUUCAUCCCUUUGGAAAGACAAAGCACUGGUGGAGAUCAACAUUGCUGUUCUCUACAGCUUUCAGACCUGCAAAGUGACCAUAGUUGACCAUCAUUCGGCAACAGAGUCUUUCAUGAAGCACAUGGAGAAUGAGUAUCGAGUGAGGGGAGGCUGUCCUGGAGACUGGGUGUGGAUCGUACCCCCCAUGUCAGGUAGCAUAACGCCAGUUUUUCACCAAGAAAUGCUCAACUACCGCCUCACUCCUUCCUUUGAGUAUCAGGCUGAUCCGUGGAACACUUACGUAUGGAAAGGAGUCAACGGCACCCCCACAAAGAAAAGAGCCAUCGGAUUUAAAAAACUUGCCAAGGCUGUGAAGUUCUCCGCAAAGCUCAUGGGCCAAGCCAUGGCCAAGAGGGUCAAAGCCACCAUCCUGUUUGCCACAGAGACGGGCAAAUCCCAAGACUAUGCCAAAACUCUGUGCGAGAUCUUCAAACAUGCUUUUGACGCCAAGGUCAUGUCCAUGGAUGAAUACGAUGUGGUGGACCUGGAGCACGAGACGCUGGUUUUAGUGGUGACCAGUACAUUUGGCAACGGGGAUCCACCUGAGAAUGGAGAGAAAUUUGGAGCUGCGUUGAUGGAAAUGCGUCACCCAACGUCCAACACCGAGGACAGAAAGAGCUACAAAGUCCGCUUCAACAGCGUCUCCUCUUACUCAGACACUCGCAAGUCCUCCAGCGAUGAACCAGAGACCAAGAUUAACUUUGAGAGUACUGGACCUCUCGCUAACGUCAGAGUGAGAUCUGCUGCAGUUCGGUUUUCGGUGUUUGGCCUUGGCUCCAGGGCCUACCCACACUUCUGCGCCUUUGCCCACGCUGUGGACACGCUGUUUGAAGAGCUGGGGGGGGAGCGCAUCCUACGCAUGGGAGAAGGAGAUGAGCUGUGUGGCCAGGAGGAGUCAUUCAGAACAUGGGCAAAGAAAGUUUUUAAGGCUGCCUGCGACGUUUUCUGCGUCGGCGACGACGUGAACAUCGAGAAGGCCAACGACUCUUUGAUCAGCAACGACCGCAGCUGGAAGAAGAGCAAGUUCCGCAUGACGUACAUGGCGGAGUCUCCAGUCCUCACUGAGGGAUUAUACAGCAUUCACAAGAGGAAAGUUUAUGGCGCCAAGAUGAUAGAGUCCCAAAACUUGCAAAGUCCCAAAUCCAAUCGCUCCACCAUAUUUGUGCGGCUCCACACAAACAACCACGACAAGUUGAGCUACAAGCCUGGCGACCAUCUGGGCAUUUUCCCUGGCAACCACGAGGACCUGGUAACGGCUCUCAUAGAUAAGCUGGAGGAUGCUCCACCUGUCAAUCAAAUUGUCAAAGUGGAGUUCCUGGAGGAGAGGAACACCGCUCUAGGGGUGAUCAGUAACUGGACGCAUGAGACCCGUAUCCCUCCCUGCACCAUAUACCAAGCCUUCCAGUACUUUCUGGACAUCACCACUCCACCAACGCCGGUGCUGCUGCAGCAGUUUGCGGCUCUGGCAACCAAUGAGAAAGAGAAAAGAAAACUUGAGAUCCUUAGCAAGGGCUUACAGGAGUACGAAGAGUGGAAGUGGUACAACAAUCCGACGCUGGUGGAGGUCCUCGAGGAGUUUCCGUCCAUCCAGAUGCCGUCCACUCUGCUGCUCACCCAGCUGCCCCUCCUGCAGGCUCGCUAUUACUCCAUCAGCUCCUCUCCUGACACCUACCCAGGAGAGAUCCACCUCACAGUGGCCGUGGUCUCCUAUCGCACCAGAGAUGGAGGGGGUCCUAUCCACCAUGGAGUGUGUUCGUCGUGGCUCAACAGGAUAGAGAAGGGCGAGAUGGUGCCGUGUUUUGUGCGAAGUGCUCCGUCAUUCCAACUUCCCAAAGACGACCAAGCACCUUGUAUCCUGGUGGGUCCAGGAACGGGCAUCGCCCCGUUCAGAAGCUUCUGGCAGCACAGACUGUACAACCUUGAGCACAACGGGAUUAAGUCGUGUCCCAUGAUUCUGGUGUUUGGCUGUCGGCAAUCUGAGAUGGACCACAUCUACAAAGAGGAGACCCUCCAGGCCAAGAACAAAGGGGUGUUCAAGGAGCUCUACACAGCUUACUCCAGAGAGCCCGGUAAACCAAAGAAAUAUGUGCAAGACGUUCUCCGCGAGCACCUGUCAGAGAUGGUGUACCAAUGCCUUAAGAAGGAAGGGGGCCACAUUUACGUAUGUGGGGAUGUCACGAUGGCUGGGGACGUUCUCAAGACUGUGCAGCAAAUCGUCAAGCAGCAGGGCAACAUGAGUCUGGAGGAUGCUGGCUUCUACAUCAGCAAGCUUCGGGAUGAGAACCGUUACCACGAAGACAUCUUCGGUGUCACUCUGCGCACCUAUGAAGUCACCAACCGGAUUCGCUCCGAGUCCAUCGCCUACAUUGAGGAGAACAAAAAAGACUCAGAUGAGGUUUUCUGCUCGUAGGACGAUGAAUCUGGGGUUUUUUUCUGACGACAGCCAGUGAGGAGGACGCCACAGCGCUGGUUAAAGAAUACUGUGCCAAUUUUCAUACUGUAAAAAAAAGAAAAAAGAAAAGAAAAAGGUUUCUCUUUUUAUAAAUCACUUAAAUGUUUCUGUUGGGCUCUGCAACUGUGUCUGUAGCAAGAUGGACAUGUUUUGUUGUUGAUGAUGCUUCCCAAAAUUUGAAAUUGAUCUUUAUGAUUCAUAAUGUGUGCACCCAGUGUAAUGACCUGCCUCAUUGUGAAUGCAUGACAAAGACAAAACUAUUAUACUCCAAUAUAGUAUUUUCCGUGGUAUUGUUGCAGUUAAAAGCUUUUUUUUUUUCAGUUCAUGUACUUGCAAUGAACUGUUUGAUGUUAAUUCAAACUUGACAUUUCUCUGUAAACUGUAUGAACUUGUGGGGAAAAUAUCUGAGCUGGCGAAACAAAAAGAAACUGUACAGGCAUGCGUUUUACACGCUGACACGUGUUUCGCCAACAAACGUACUGUGUGGCCGCGUCACCUUGAAUUGUGAGUGCAGCAAUUCUGUCAAAGCCUUAAUAAACAAAUAAACUAGCUUCCCUUUUUGGCGAUCCAUCAACAGCCUCAGUGCUCCUUAGAGGCCCUCCUGUCGUCGUUUCACGCAAAACCGCUCAUCUAAUAUUCAUCAUCUUGCUCUGUUCGUUUGGAAAAUAACAUUCAAGUUGCUUUAUUUCGGUAACUUUUAUCAGAAAUCCCAAACAGGAAUUCUAAAAUUGUUCUUUGCUGCAACUUUUUUAGCUUAAUUAUCUUUGUCUGUCAUUUUCUUUGCCUGAUUUCAGGUGUAUGGAGUGGUUUUUGUGCCCUUAUUCCAACACACAAAACUCACUGUUCUGAGUGUAAAACUUAAAAAAAUGUGCGUUCUCAAAAAUUAUUUUACAUUUGAAAGAGAAAAAUCCACCCAAAACUCAAAAAUACAUGUAAACAAAACAUCGCUUAGUUGAGAAUUUCUCUUGCGUGAAAAUGUUUUGAUUUUAAAUAUUGUGUAGGUUUCACGAGGAAAAGUGUUUGGUUAGCCUGUAUUUUUGAGUAUGAAGUGCAUUUUUCUCUUUCAAGUGCAAAAUAACCAAAAUAUUUAAAGCUUUUCACUCAAUACAGUGAGUGUGACAGCAGAUCUACCCAGUUGGCUUUUGGCAUUCCCAUUUUUUAGUUGAGGUGUGUUAUGUAGGGUAUUUUCUGGCCUAGAAGUUUAUUAACUUUACGUAAUUAUAGAGAAAGUUUGUUUUUGUUUUUUCACAAUUUGCUUAUCCUGGCGUUUUAUUAUCCCAUAGUGCAGUUUUGAUUUGUCUUUUCAAAACGUUGAUGGAUUUUUGGCAUCUCAGUUUAGUGAGUAGACAUUAAAAAAAGCCAAGAUCGGUCCUAUAAUUGGUUAACUUUGGCAAAAAAAAACAUUGGAUUUCAGGAUUAAAGAUUUCUGAUUAGAUUACAGUUUAAACCCUUUUGGUGUGACUUUUUUCACAGCUGGUAACUGGAAUCGGAAAUCUCAGACUUAAGGUUUUGGCAUUUUUAGAGUUCAGGUUUGUAAAUCAGGUUGUUUUGUGUGGUUUUGACUCUGUGUAUUGAUUUAAGAUUGUUUUAAUCUUAUUGCUUUAACAAUAACUGCCUCUGUACUGGUUUGCUGGAACAAAGGGACCAACUAAAAACUGGAAAACCUGAACUUUGAAAUAUUUGGUUGAAAAUAUGUGUGAAGAGGCCAUUUAUGUUCUGGAGAAUUUAGCUUAAAGAUUUUUUUCUCUUAUUUUUGAUGUUUAUGCAUAAAACUACAUUAAAACACUUGGAAGUUUUCAUGAGGAGUCCGUAAAAUAUGCCUCCCCAUCGGGUCAGCCUAACUUCACCCUUUUCUUUUGAAAUGUCGCAUCUCUGCACGUCAAAAGAUGCCGCUCGAAUAGCAUCAGAGAUCGGUCAACCUAAUCACCAGUGGAGCUUCUCAAAUCUGUAUUUAUCUGCCUCUUGCCUUAUAUUUAGCUCGCUGCAAAUGUUUGGAAGAUGAUUUUCGUUGCAUGUUUCGUGCUCCCUGUGGCCGAGACGCCACCUCUUCACUGUGAACGAACACCUGCCUCGCGGCGUUAGCACGCAUGUGUGUGUGUGUGUGCAUGCAUUUGUGCGCCCUACGAACCACCAACAGUGUGCACAUCUCUAUAUGAGUGGGUGUGAACAUGCAUGAUCUCAGGUGUGUUUUGCUCACUUGCUUGUUGUCUGAUUCUUUUUUUUUUUUUUUUUUUGGAGAAAAAAGAAUGAAUUUGUUUCUGAAUCACAGACGCCUGCAGAGGCUUUGGGAACAGGAAACUGCCCACAAUGGCGUCCUGUUGCGAUUUGAGCUUUACAGUUGCUUUCUCUCUGGCUCCACUCCAGCUUUCCCAUCUGGAGAUGAGAUCGCAGUUCAGGCUAAUGUGGUCAUUUUCUGCUUUGAGCCGCUGUUUGGUUGGUCCACAUAAGAACUCAGCAUUUUCUUCUGGGCCUUUUUUGUUGUUUUGUUUACAUCUGAGGUAGCUUUAGCUUGUGGUUUCAGUUCGGUUACGUUUUGUCUUAUUUCUGAACACAUGGAUUUAUCAAUGGGGAGGAAAAUGGGGGGUUCCCAUAGUUCCCAGUCUUCUUUAUUCUUGAUGAAUGUCUCUGUAUAAGUUGUUCCAACUUGUUUGUUUAAAUUAAAAAAGUGACAAAUUUGUGAUUUGAAAUGUGCAACAAAAAAGAGUUGAUACAAGAAAAAGCUUCUAUAUAUAUACAUAGCAUCUAUAUAAAUAUAUACAUAUAUGUAAAGGCAAAGUAUAACCAAAAAAGAGCACCACUUCAGUCUUUUCUAAGAAUGUAUUUUGAUUAUGUAAAUGAAAACUUUGUUUGAGCUUGAUUUAAGAAAACUGUGUUCAUGUUGACUCUCGUAUCCUUUAGGUAUGAGAUUGCAUGGGGGUCUGUUGGUAUCUUGGCGGCGCCGCCGAACAGGUAGCGCCACGCUCCUUUGCUUUGUGCAUCUGUCAGGCGCACAGGGCUUCGGGUGGGAGCCAAAUUAGGGAGGGGGUUUAUCUUUCUGUGUUUGUGAAUUGCUGCUAAUCAGAACAAUCCCAUCAGCCUCUGCUAUUAUGACUUGUUGCGUACUUGAUUGAGGAUGUUCCAUUUUAAUGCGUCAACUAUAAGGAGACUUUGCUUUUACUUAUAAAUAAAGAAACAUUUCCAGAAUGUG